AUGCAGAGUUUUGGGGCCACGUUCUUCCUCCUAACGGUAGUUCUAGUCUGCUGUGGCCCGACCGGGACGACGGCUUCCUACCGGCUGGGCGUGGGUCGAGCGGAUUGUACUGGACCACCGGUUGAGAUUGGAUUCAUGGGUUACGGCGAAUUUUCCCAGCGUGGUCAAGGUAUUCACCUUCGUCAGUUCGCGCGAGCUUUCAUCUUCGAGGAUAGCGACGGGUCACGCGUGGUUUUCGUCAGCGCGGACGCAGGCAUGAUGGGACACGCGGUCAAGCGCGACGUGUUGAAUCUGUUAAAGGCGCGGUACGGUGACACGUACCGGUUCGAGAACGUGGUGCUGAGCGGUUCGCACAGCCACAGCGUCCCGUCCGGGUUCCUGAUGUCGUAUCUGUACGAUAUCGCGUCACUGGGCUUUGUGCCGCAGAACUUUGACGCACUUGUCGAGGGUAUCACGCUUGCGAUCGUACGAGCGCACGAAAACGUGCGCGAAGGCCGCGUGUUCCUGUCUGAGACCACCGUCCACGAGGCGAACAUCAACCGUAGUCCGAGUGCGUACGAGAACAACCCACAGGAAGAGCGGGACCUGUACCGUGACUACACGGACAAGAAGCUGGUGCAGCUGCGGCUCGUAGACAUGGCUGACCGGUUGGUCGGUGCCAUUAACUGGUUCGCCGUUCAUCCAACAUCGAUGAACAAAACGAACCGGUACAUCUCGAGUGACAACGUUGGGUACGCUUCCGUUUUGCUCGAGCUGGAUCGAAAUGGAGUGCUGGUGCCCGGGCAGGGCGAGUUUGUCGGUGCGUUUGCGUCCACCAAUCUCGGGGAUGCCUCACCGAACAUUAUGGGACCGAAGUGCGAGAAAACGGGGUUGCCGUGCGAUAUGCUGACCUCGUCCUGUCCACCUGGCGCAGGGGCGUGCAUUGCAUCGGGUCCCGGGAAGGAUAUGUUCGAGAGUACGAAAAUCAUCGGCACGCGGCUGUACAGCGCUGCGACGACGCUGCUGAACGCAAAGGGAGGGCGCGAGGUGAACGGACCGAUCAAGUUCGCGCAUCAAUUCAUUGACAUGACGGAAAUGAAGGUACCGUACGUGGAUCCGGAGACGGGCAAGCAGAAAGUGGCCCAAGGAUGCUAUCCAGCGAUGGGAUACAGCUUUGGUGCCGGCACUACCGAUGGUCCUGGAGCAUUCGAUUUUCGACAAGCCACGCUGACUGAUUCUUCCUUCUGGAACACGGCUCGGGAUAUUCUGGCAGAGCCGACGGCAGAGGACAAACAGUGCCAAGCGCCGAAGCCCAUCCUCAUAGCGAGCGGUAGAGCGAAGUUUUCCUACGAGAUGCAGCCAAAGAUAGUCCCGACACAGUUACUGGUAAUUGGAGAUAUUGCCCUGGCGGCUGUCCCGGCCGAGUUUACGACCAUGUCUGGCCGGAGGUUGCGAGCGGCGGUUCGCCAAGCAUCGGUGGAGAGUGGCGCCAGGGAGAUGACAGUCGUCGUUGCGGGCCUUUCCAAUAUGUACACCAGCUAUGUGGCGACACCGGAGGAGUACGCCAUCCAGCGGUAUGAAGGUGCCUCAACGCUCUAUGGGCCGCAUACACUUACCAUCUACUUGGAGCAGUUCCGCAAGCUAAUGCGUGUAAUCGCACGUGAUGAAACAGUGGAACCAGGACCGUGGCCACCGUUCGAAGACGAUAAGCAAAUCACACUCUCGACAGGAGUGGUGUUCGACGGCCAUCCCUUCGGUUGGUACUUCGGCGAUUGUAAGCUACAGCCCAAAGAAACAGCCUACCGCCAUGGUGACAUCGUGCGGGUGAUGUUCAUCGCCGGCAAUCCUCGCAAUAAUCUGAUGCACGAACGGACGUACUUCACCGUGGAGCGUUUGAGGCCCGACUUUGAAGAAACCAACAGCGUGGAACAACACAGCCACCGCCAGGACAGGUGGGAAGUGAUUGCGACCGAUGCGAACUGGGAAACGAGAUUCAAAUGGCACCGACGCUCGACCCUGUUCGCUUACAGCGACAUCGAGUUGGAGUGGGAAAUCGCGGAUUGGAUCGAACCAGGAACGUACCGAAUACAGCACUUUGGCUACUGGCGGUACAUUUUGGGGGGUACAUUCCCGUACAACGGCACUACGCGAAAUUUUAGCGUGCAAUAAGGCAAGCGUCCAGGGCGAUUUCAUAUCGCCACCAUGUGCCAAAUCUAGACUGUGAGAUCGAGCUUUUAAGGCGUCGGAUAGCUUUCGCAGCAAAUUUGAAGAAUGAUAAGGGUUAAGGGUUAGUAAAUCUUGAGGCUUUACAUGUUCAGGUUGAAACAUACUUUGAUAUUCAUGCCAAAAAAGACGUUUAUUUCAAAAUGCACCAUAGAUUUGCUUUCUAAAAGCAUUGGCAUGUUUGUCUACAGAAAUGCAUCAUUAUUUUUGUGAUUAAUUGAUAAUGUUUAGGCUUGGUCGUACACAUGUAAUAUAUAAAAAAAUAUAUAUAUAUAUAUAUAUUUUAAAGCUAAGUCAAAUGCAUUGAAAAUUCGUUGUAAAUAUGAUAGGAAGAAGGGAGAAAAUCUUUCAAUGCUUCUCCAAAAAGAAU